ACUGACUCGGAGAGAAAACGGCUGUCGUUUCGGUAUCCUGCUUCUGCCACCUCCUCGCAGUCCUCGCGCAGAACUUUGUUGUUGUUUUUACGAUUGGCGAUGUGUCAAAGAGUCGCCUUGCUGUCAUGAAAUCUUAAUUUUCGUUUGCGGUGUGACUUCCGCUCGUUGCUCGCCUGCGAAGUAUUGAUAACAGUUCAUGUGCUGGGGGUUAGAAUAAGAGGGAUCUCCUCGCGGAGGAUGCGAAUUUCACCGCCAAAGCGACCUGGAGAGCUGUGGCGCGAUGGACAAGACUGAUUUGACACCCUGGAGAAGGCAGGUCCAUCCCGAGGGGAUAAACAGCUGUGGCAAGGACAACCUCACUGACGUGUUUGGAUGGACAGUCCAAGCCCUCCUUGCGGCCCUGGCUUUCAUGUGUUUGAUUUUAAAGAGAUUCUGCGAACCAAGUGCUACGAGAAGACCAUGGCUCAUUUGGUUUUACGACACGUCCAAACAAGGAGCAGGCGCUUUAGUUGUCCACAUGGUAAAUGUGUAUUUGGCCAGUCAAUUUGUGGGUGAUGCUUGCACUUGGUAUAUAAUAAGCUUCCUGCUUGACUCUUCACUCGGACUACUCAUCAUCUAUGCUGGCAUUAAAUGCUCUCAAUUUUUAGCAAAAGCGAAACAGUGGGAUCUGAUUAAUUUCGGGGAAUAUGGCAAACCACCGUCACCAAAAGCAUGGCUCGCCCAAUGCGGAGUCUACAUAUUGCUUAUGAUUGUAGAAAAAGUGUUUAUAACCCUCUUGGUCCAAUUUAAGUUUUGGGAGGGUGUCAGCAAAUUGAUCCUUGCACCGGUUGGAAAUCCUAAGGUUGAAGUUACCCUAGUUAUGCUGAUCAUCCCUUUUUUUGUGAACAUUUUGAUGUUCUGGGUGACCGACAAUUUCUUGAUGCACCACAGCUCUUCCAGCGAAGUGCCUAAGCCAAGGUCAACAGGAACAGGGCGAAGGAUAUUUGAUCGUGCUAGAUUUAGAAUGCAAAAUGCUUCUCGGAAUACUGGAGUGCCUGAAGAAUCAGAGUCUGAAAUAUUGCUCUCAGGGGACGAUGAAGCAAUUAUUGUUAAUAAUAGCAGUACCAGUGCGACAGUGGUUGUCUGAAAGGUGCCUUUAUGUGAUGUGAAAUGCAAUGUUUUACGCUCUCUAAUUAUUCCAAAGAGAUCUGUUGUAUGAUUGUGAAAUAAUUAUUUUCAUAAGGCGUGUUGAUAAGUUGUCUUUCAAGUGCUUUAAUUAAAAACGUGCCAAAAACUAUAUAUUAUGUAUCCCUAUAUAUAUGUGGCCGUAUUCCAUGACAAAACUUCUCUAUUUUUGCAACUGUCGAUAUAAAUAAAUGAGAGUAUUUAGUCUAAAAA